UCACUCUUUCUUCCUUCCUUCCCUCCUACACUGCCAUACACACACACACACACACUCAAAACUUGCUAUUGCUAUUGCCCACUCUCUGCAACUAAAUUUUCUUUUUUUUUUCUUUUCCCUUUUGAUAAGAAAAUGGAAAAUCUCUCUCCUUGUUAGGGAUGUGUGUUCGUUUGAUGUGAAGUUUUUUGUUUGCCCACUUUUUCUUAAUGGUGAUGAAAAUGAGGGUCAAGGAAAUGCACCCGCUGUGCUGCAUAUCGCUGGAGAGCCCCGGAAUAGGGGACCAGUCGCCUGAGGCGUUGACCAGGGCCAGAUCCUUGCCGGCUGGGUUUUCCGGGGAAUCUGAUGGCAAUGCGGGGCGGAGUAUAGCGGGAUCGGAGGCUACUGUAGCUGGAGUGCUAUAUAAGUGGACGAAUUACAGCAAGGGGUGGAGAUCACGGUGGUUCUUGCUUAAAAAUGGAGUUCUGUCUUACUCAAAGAUUAAGCCGCCGGAGAAUCUGAAUUUGUUAACUCCUAAUGAUGACGUCAAAUUGAUCGGAGAAAUAUCUACCAAUCGGCUAUCGAGGAUGGACAGUGGAAGUUAUCGGAGGAAGCAGCAGAAAAGUGUUGGCAUUGUUCAUUUGAAGCAGAUCUCGUCAUUCCGAGAGAGCAAGUCCGACGAUAGGCGAUUUUACAUAUUUACAGCUACCAAGACACUUCAUCUGAGGACUGAUUCAAAAAGAGAUAGGGUGUCUUGGAUACAGGCUUUGGUCUCAACUAGGAGCCUGUUUCCAUCGAGAUCACUAAAUGAUAGUUUCUCCCUUGUACCAAAAGAUUUGUCUAUUUCAACUGAAAGACUUAAAAGGCGCUUACUUGAAGAGGGUAUCAAUGAGAACUUAGUCAAGGAUUGUGAGCAGAUCAUGUUGUCUGAAUUCUCUGAAAUAAAAGGACAAGUUAAGUUACUUUGCGAGGAUCGCUCCUAUUUGCUGGACACAUUGAGGCAGUUAGAGGCAGCAAAUAUUGAAGCUGAAACAUCUGGAAUCACAGAUGGUGAAUUUCAAUUGACAAAGCAUGAAUUUUCAAGUUUAGGGCGUGGGAAAUUUAGUGGUACAGAGUGUAGCACUACAGAAUCAUCUGAUGAUAUUGAGAAACAAGAACUUGAAGAAGUGUCAGAUGAUGAGGCCUCCUUCUAUGAUACAAAGGAUUAUUUUCCUGAACGUUCUGUUGUUCAUGGGUCCAUAAAAGAAGCUGCCAGUCAGUGUGAGAAACGCAGGGAACACAAUCAAAUUGAUAAUGAGGAGAAAAUGCUUGCCAAGGAGCAAAUUUGUCAUUCUGGAUAUCCACAUAUUGAAAGGAGAAAGAAGCUUCCUGACCCAGUUGAGAAGGAGAAAGGGGUUAGUCUUUGGUCUAUGAUCAAAGAUAAUGUGGGGAAGGAUCUCACUCGAGUUUGUCUCCCUGUUUACUUUAAUGAACCAAUAUCAUCUCUUCAGAAGUGCUUUGAGGACUUGGAGUAUUCUUAUCUUUUGGACAAAGCAUAUGAGUAUGGAAAAGGAGGAAAUAGUCUUCAGAGGAUCUUACACGUUGCUGCAUUUGCUGUUUCUGGAUACGCUUCUUCUGAAGGUAGGCACUGCAAACCAUUCAAUCCUUUGCUAGGAGAAACUUAUGAAGCUGACUACCCUGAUAAAGGAGUUCGUUUCUUCUCUGAGAAGGUUAGUCAUCACCCAACUCUCAUUGCCUGCCAUUGCGAAGGUAGAGGGUGGAAGUUUUCCGGGGAUAGCAACCUCCACACAAAAUUUUGGGGCCGGUCAAUUCAGCUUGAUCCUGUUGGAGUUUUGACCCUGGAGUUUGAUGACGGUGAAAUAUUUCAAUGGAGCAAGGUGACUACAACAAUUUACAAUCUUAUCCUUGGUAAAGUGUAUUGUGAUCACCAUGGAAUGAUGCAUAUACAUGGAAAUCGACAAUAUUCAUGUAAACUAAAGUUCAAAGAACAAUCACUUCUUGACAGAAAUCCCCACCAGGUUAAUGGGUUUGUUGAAGAUGUCUUGGGUAAAAAAGUCGCUACAUUAUUUGGGAAGUGGGAUGACAGCAUGUAUUAUUCUGAAGGCGAUGGGACUAGCAAGACAAAAGAUUGCAAUUCCUCAUCUAAUGCCACCUUGCUUUGGAAAUGUACUAAGCCACCUCCUAAUGUCACUCGGUACAACUUAACAUCAUUCGCGAUCACUCUAAAUGAAUUAACACCUGGACUACAGAUUAAGGAGAAGCUCCCACCUACGGAUUCCAGGCUUAGACCAGACCAACGGCAUCUGGAGAAUGGGGAAUAUGAGAAGGCAAAUGCAGAGAAGCAACGAUUGGAGAAGCGGCAAAGAAUGUCCAGGAAAUUACAAGAGCGUGGAUGGAAGCCCCGGUGGUUUCAGAGAGAAGGUGAAGAUGGACCUUUCCGCUACGGGGGUGGUUACUGGGAAGCACGAGAACAGGGAAAUUGGGAGGGAUGCCCGAAUAUUUUUGGCGAAUUCAGUAAAGAUAUUUCACAAUCCUCUGAAGAGUCUUGACUAUUAUUUAGCAUCUCAUGCCAAACUUUCUGAUGCCCAGCAGAAGGAACUAUGACAGAGAAGCUGCGCACGUUAAUUGGUGUGGCUUCCGGAUUAUAGCCGCUUGCAAGAUCCUAGUCCAAGGCAGCAAGCGUUUCAACGAGACUUUUAAGUGAACAGUCAGUUUUUCUUCUUGUAGAGGAUUGAUAGGAUUGAGUCUGAUGUUUCCUCUUUGUAGUAUAUUCCUAAUUGUCUCUCUGUGUUUAGUUCCUUGAAUUGUACUGGUCAGUGCCUCAUUAUUUCGUUUUGAUAUUUAUUUGUAUUUCUUUUCUAUAAAUAAAUGGAAGGGAAAAAAAAAAAGAAGGAAAUUUAUCAUGAUUAAAAAAUUU